CAUGCUGAACAUCUUAGGACCUUGACAGCACCAACAAAGCAAGUAAAAUCUAAAAAUCCUUCGACAAUGGUGAACCGAUCCCUAGAAGAGGGGAGUCAGUAUGAGUACAUUAAGUGUGUGGUGGUGGGGGACGCGGGGGUGGGGAAGACCUGCCUGAUCUGUGCCUGGGCCUGCGGGACAAAUUACACCCUGGAGCGACUCGUAAGGACCCCCUCCUCCUCAGUGUGGGCCAUCGACCACUACCGCAAUGACCAAGAGGUGAUGGACAGGUCUUGGUGCAAUGUAGAUGGAGUCAGGUGUUCUCUGAAACUAUGGGACACUUUUGGUUACCAUGACAAGAACAGAAAGUUUGCUUAUAGAGG